CCCGUCAUGCAGCUACGAUGAAGAGCAUCGCUGAUCCACACAGACGGUAUGUUUGCCACGGGCAGAUGUGAUACCAGUGGAACCAGCAUCAUCGCUCCGACAUGGUCGCCUACACUACGGCGACUUCGUGCCGAUUUCUUAGUGUCAUUGCUUUAUUUUUCCUUUUACCGACCCGACAAAAGUCUUCCGGGACUAUACCCCCCAGUGGUCCAAGGGUCGCACAGCACCCAUUCAGCCCAUCGACUUUCGACUGUCAGCAAUCAUUUCUCUCUCGCGCAAGUGUUUGUUCCCAAAGCAGGCAAGGCAGUUUCAGGAGUCAACAGGAACAAACCAAAAGAUUUGGGGAUUUGGACUAGAGGUUCUUUUUUUCAAUGGUUUUGAGUCUUUGCCCCUCAGUGGCUUUGGGCAACCGGACCAGCAAACAGAG